CGGACGGCCGGCGGCAGUGAUCAGAGCACCUCCAGGCUGGCAGAUGUGGAAGGAGCACAGUGCAAAUUCUAGUCCUGGGUGUCUGGCCCAGUGAUUCAGGAGAGGAGGGCCAUGGGGCCGAGCCUGGGCCAGGAUGUCGGCCGGCUCCUGCCGUUCCUGUUCUUGCUGCUGAUGACCACGGCGACGCCCACCCACGGUCAAGGAUGUCCCCAGCGUUGCGAGUGCAUCGCGAAACUCAAGACCGUGUCCUGUCGCGCCAAACGGCUGUCGGCGCUGCCCGACGGCGUCCCGCUCGACACCGAGAUCCUGGACCUGAGCGUGAAUAAACUCCGCCGGGUGGAGCACGGCGACCUGCUUCCGUACUCGCGUCUCGAAAAGCUGGACCUGAGCGAGAACGCCAUCGGCGUCCUGGAACCCAACGCUUUCUCCAGUCUCCAGAACCUCCGCUGGCUUUCGCUGAGGGGCAACCAAUUGAAACUGGUCCCCGUGGCGGCGUUCUCCCGUCUCUCCAAUCUCACCUCGCUGGACCUCAGCGGGAAUAAGAUUGUCAUUCUUUUGGACUUCACUUUCCAAGACCUGAAGAGUCUGAAGAAGCUGGAGGUUGGAGACAAUGAUUUAGUUUACAUUUCCAACAAGGCCUUUCUGGGCCUGGUGGGGCUGAGCGAGCUGACCAUCGAGCGCUGCAACCUGACGUCUGUGUCCGGCCAGUCUUUGUCUUACCUGCGCAACCUGGUGGCGCUGCGGCUCCGCUACCUCAGUAUCUCCACCUUAGAGGACCAGAACUUCCGUAAGCUGGGAACCCUGAGGGGCCUGGAGAUCGACCACUGGCCCUUCUUGGAGCACAUCUCCCCUCACAGCCUGCAGGGGCUCAACCUAUCCUGGCUGUCCAUCACUCACACGAACAUCACCUCCGUGCCGACCUCUGCCCUCCGCAGUCUGGCUCACCUCACCAGCCUCGACCUCUCCUACAACCCCAUCUCCGUGUUGGAGUCCUGGGCCCUGCGGGACCUCGUGAGGCUGAAGGAGCUUCACCUGGUCAACACCAACCUGGUGGUGGUGCAGCCGUAUGCGCUGGGCGGUCUCCGACAGAUCAGCCUUCUGAACCUCUCCGCCAACGGCCUGGUGUCCCUGGAAGAGGGGGCCUUCCAGUCCGUCAACACCCUGGAGACGCUGCGGUUGGACGGGAACCCUCUGGCCUGCGACUGCCGCUUGCUUUGGAUCCUCCAGCGCCGGAAGACGCUCAAUUUCGACGGCGCCUCCCCGGUGUGCACGACGCCCGUGGAGGUCCAGGGGCGGGCCCUCGACGCUUUCUCCGACUCGGCCCUCUUCGAUCACUUCACGUGCCAGAAGCCCAAAAUCCGCAACAGGAAGCUGCAGCAGGUCUCCGCCCGCGAGGGGCAAGUCGUGUCGUUCGUCUGCAAAGCGGAAGGCGAGCCGGCGCCGAUGAUCUUCUGGAUCUCGCCCCAGCGCCGGCGCAUCACCACGAAGAGCAGCGGCCGGCUGACGGUGUUGCCGCAGGGCACGCUGGAGAUCCGCUACGCCCAGGUGACCGACAGCGGCACCUACAUCUGCAUCGCCAGCAACGCCGGCGGAAACGACACCUACUUCGCCACGCUCACGGUCAGCGGGCUGCCGCUCGACGCCGCCCUGCUGGCGAACCGCACGUACUACGCCGGGGACCUGAACGACACCAAUCUGAACGACACCAGAGUGUUCUUGAAGUUCACUCUGGACCUCAAGACCAUCCUCAUAUCCACCGCCAUGGGCUGCAUCAUGUUCCUGGGGGUGGUGCUCUUCUGUUUCAUCCUGCUCUUCGUGUGGAGUCGAGGGAGAGGGCAGCACAAGAACAAUUUAUCGGUGGAGUAUUCCUUCAGGAAGGUGGAUGGACCCGUUGCCAGUGGAGGACAGGCCGGGGUGCGCAAGUUCAACAUGAAAAUGAUUUGAUUUUCUUGCGGGGGGGGGGGAUCUGUUUCUCUCAUUAGUAUUCUUACCCUGAUACUGUUUCCAAGCUCGAGGGACAAUAACCUUUGUUCUUGCAAAACAUGAAAUGCAGUCAUUCACGGGGCAUUUUAAUCGAGACGAGGUUUUGCUAUAAAAAGUUCCGUAUGUGAGAAAAAAAAGGGAACAUCUGCAUGGAUUUGAUAUGUUUGUAUCGCUUUUGUUGUGUGUUCACGUCGUCACGCAGAGCAAACCUGGAUUUUUCUUCUAAAGUAUAAAGAUGUCUCUCGAAUAUGCUGUUAAUUAAAAUACCGAGCCAUCUUUAACCUCCACAAAUAACUCGCCAAUUCCAUCCUUUCCCCUCCACAAGGAACUCUUUAAAGGACUCCACCUCUCGGCUCCCAUCUGAGGUUAUUUUCGCUCUCCUACCCCUCAAACCCAGGAAUAUAUUAUAACCCGGUGGUGCUCAACGAAUGCCAAGGACUUGCCAAUAUGUGUUUGAAUAGUUCCAGCUAUAUACUGCAUAUUUAAACUUAUUUACAGUCAGGACUUUAGGGCACUUUUUCAACAUAAACAUAGAGGCUCUACUUUUUUUUUUUUUUUUGCUCGUGGUGGGUUUUGUACAGAGUGCAAUAAGACACCAUGAGACUUUGGAACACUGCCAAUCUGACCGUAAAGCACCAUGUGACGUGGUGGGGAGAGAAGUCUCUUCUCAUUGGACAGAAACAGGACAAUACAAUGAAACAUUAAUUAAGAAGGACCCAAAUGCACAUUCGUGUGAUGACAAAUCAGAACGUGGAGAUGCACACCUGCUCUUAGGUGUUCUCACAAGCUGCACACGGCUCCAUAUGGACUCUUGAUCUUAAAAAGGACUGUGUGUGUGUGUGUGUGUGUGUGUGUGUACGUGUGUUUGUAAAAGCAUGUACAGAGUUGGCUUUUUGACUUUGAAUAACGUGCAUCAUUUGUGAAUGUGUCGCGGUGCGUUCAUCCCCACUGUUGAAUAGCUCAUACUGUAUAGGUAGGAUUUAUGCUGUAUAAGAUGUAUUAUAUAUUUUGUAAUCGAAGCCUUGUGGUUGUUUGUAUCCAGUGUGUUCUGUUCUACUGUUGUUCUCCUGUGAAUGUGUCCUUUUUUGUUCAAAUCAUCGCUAUA